GGCUCGGUCCCUCUCCCUCAGCGCAGAUCUUCUGCUCCUUCCCCCACUCGCGCUCAGGCUCGGUCCCAAGGAUCGGAUCUUCCGCGCGUCGGCGGCGUCCAGCGACGGAGGGGCAGUCCCAGGCUCGGCGGCGGCGUCGGCGGCUCCCUCCACCUUCUCUCACCAGUCGCCUCGCGUCCUCGCCUGCGUCCUCCGCGCACCGGCCGACGACCCUGCGUACGCACCUCCCUUUCCCCUCCCGCCGCUGCUGUUCCCGUGGGAGCCCGGCCAGCUGCCCAGGGUGGCCGGGCCUUGGCUCCGCCAGUGGUAAUCGCCUGUGAUGGAUUACUUGAAAUCUUGCUGGGGGCCGGCAUCACCGGCCGGGCGCCCCCGCAGAGGAUCGGAUGCCACCGGGCGCCAAGACGGGCUCCUGUGGUACAAGGACGGCGGGCAGGUCGUAGAUGGUGAGUUCUCCAUGGCCGUGGUCCAGGCCAAUAACCUGCUGGAGGACCAUAGCCAGGUUGAAUCCGGGCCGCUGAGCACAUCGGAGCCUGGACUGCAAGGCACCUUCGUCGGGGUCUAUGAUGGGCAUGGUGGCCCGGAGACGGCGCGGUACAUCAAUGAUCAUCUCUUCAACCACCUGAGGAGAUUCGCAUCUGAGCACAAGGGCAUGUCAGCAGAUGUGAUUCGGAAGGCAUUCCGAGCGACUGAGGAGGGUUUUAUUUCUGUAGUUAGUGACCAAUGGUCAGUGAGACCUCAGUUAGCAGCUGUAGGCUCUUGCUGUCUAGUUGGCGUGGUUUGCAGCGGAACUUUAUAUGUUGCAAACCUUGGGGACUCCCGUGCUGUUCUUGGGAGACUUGUCAAGGGAACUGGAGAGGUUUUGGCAAUGCAACUCUCAGCAGAACACAAUGCAUCCUAUGAGGAGGUUAGACGAGAGCUGCAGGCAUCACAUCCUGAUGAUCCCCAUAUUGUGGUCCUAAAACACAACGUUUGGCGUGUAAAGGGUAUUAUCCAGAUAACAAGGUCAAUUGGAGAUGCGUAUCUGAAGAAACCCGAGUUCAAUAGAGAACCGUUGCACAGCAAGUUUCGUCUUCAGGAAACUUUCAGGAGACCACUUCUUAGUGCUGAUCCAGCAAUUACUGUACACCAAAUACAGCCAACUGAUAAGUUCAUCAUUUUUGCAUCUGAUGGACUCUGGGAGCAUCUUAGCAAUCAGGAAGCGGUUGACAUGGUCCAAAGUAGCCCACGUAAUGGAAUUGCUCGAAAGUUAGUAAAGUCUGCAAUGCAGGAAGCAGCAAAGAAGAGGGAGAUGCGGUAUUCAGACCUCAAGAAAAUUGAUCGGGGGGUGAGGCGGCACUUCCACGAUGAUAUAACUGUCAUUGUGGUGUUUUUCGAUUCAAAUGCCAUGACAGCUGCUGCCUGGAGCAGACCCUCGGUCUCUCUCCGAGGGGGUGGCGUUCCAAUCCCUUCAAACACCCUUGCUCCAUUCUCAGUUCCCACAGAGCUAAACAACUCUUACUGAAACCACACUGGAUGUGAAGGGCCAGGCAAGAGGAUAAAAAAAAAACAAAAAGAAAAAGGUAAAAAAGAAGAAGAAAGAAGAGCAGCAGUUGUGAUCAGCUGUAGUUUAUUUCACCAUUUGUGUUCAUGUAAAACCUUUUUUAGAUUCUCAACAUGGUGACUAGCGCAACUGAUAGCAAGGUAUAAGAUUAGAUUAUUCUUAGCUUUUUUGGCCCUCUUUUUCUUUUCCUUACCCUUUAGAUUCACUCAUGGGAUAUCAGGUGGUUGUACAUUCUCCGGAUCAACUUGUGAUAAUAGUUCAUCGCCCCCUUCUUUCGCCAUAAAGUGCUGUUCCGACAUGCCA